AUGAUAUACCCAAAGAAUAUGAGUUCGUUGGGGUUGUUUCUUCAAUUUCUGUCCCUCGUGGCAGCACAGGCUAGCUUGUUGUAUGAUCCCGCAAGAUUCCCUAAUAUCCCAAGCUAUGGGCCACAGCCCAACCCUCCGUAUAUGGUGGAUAAUCAAUACAAUUAUUUCAAAGUUGCACCAGAUAGAGGAGAACAAAAUGGACCAGUAUGGCUCGAGUCUGGUAGUUUCGAGACCUAUAUGUUAAACUCUGGGCACUCGAAACAACAUAACGACACCUCUGUUGAUGCCCCUGGAAACUUAAAAAAAAUUGUUGGAAGUGCUUCAAACACUACUGCUGCUAGUAGCUACUGGUUGCCGAAGCUCGCCCCGUUAGGACAACCUCUUGCGGGAGCUGGGUACAAGUUCUAUCGAGAUGUUGUGGAGUAUGGUGCUGAUAAUACGGGUGAGACAGAUGCCACAGAGGCAAUAAAUGCAGCAAUUGGAGAUGGCAAGCGGUGUGGAUUAGAAUGUGGGAAUACCUUUGUACAAGGAGCUAUAAUUUAUUUCCCGCCUGGAACAUACAAAAUCUGCCGGCCUGUCAUUCAGUUAUACUAUACACAGUUCAUUGGUGAUGCUCUGAACCCACCCACAAUCAAAGGGUGUGAUACCUUCCAAGGGAUUGCUCUUUUUGAUACAGAUCCAUAUAUCCCUGGUGGAAAUGGCCAAAAUUGGUAUAUCAACCAAAAUCAGUUCUUCCGUCAGAUUCGUAAUUUUAUCUUUGACUUAACAGAGAUGCCCUUGACAACAGAUGAUCAUGAUCAGCCACUUGUGCCAACAGGUAUUCAUUGGCAGGUCUCCCAGGCCUGCUCAUUGCAGAAUCUUGUGUUCAACAUGCCAGAGGCAACUGAUGAUAACAAAGUCACUCAUGUAGGCAUUUUCAUGGAGAAUGGUAGUGGUGGAUUUGUCUCUGACUUGGAGUUCAAUGGGGGAAAUAUUGGCUGGCGUGCUGGCUCUCAGCAGUAUACAGCAAUGAAUCUCAAAUUCAAUGGCUGCCUUACUGCAGUUCAGAUGAUUUGGUCCUGGGGCUUUAAUUGGCAGCGUAUUGAGGUUGAUGGUGGAGCCAUUGCUUUCAACAUUAGUGGCAGAGGGGGUAGCACAGGCCAAGGCAUAGGCUCUGUCUCCAUCAUUGACUCUCGGAUCUCCAACUGUCCUAUUGCUAUCUUGACCAACACUCGGAAGGAUGGGGUCAAUGGCUCUCCCAACAUUGUCAUUGACAAUUUGGCAAUGUAUAAUGUUGAGACAACAGUGCAGAGUGAUAAUGGUGAUGUAAUUCUUAAAGGCACUGACUUUGUUAAACUUUGGGCGAUUGGACGUCGCUACAAUGGAUACAAUGGAACUUACACUGCAGGUGAAGUUGAUGCACCUAGAAAGGGGUCAGGCUUGCUGAACAUAAAUGGCAAGCUCUUCUAUCAACCUCGCCCUCAGUAUGAAGACCUCAGGUUGGAUCAAUUUCUCAUUGCCACAGAACAUGGCUGCAUGAAUGAUGGCACUGGGGAUAAUACAGCAGAUAUUAAUUCUUUUCUUGAGAAAGCCAACAGAGGUGGCAAGGUUGCUUAUUUUCCAGCAGGCAUCUACAGAGUUGGUGGCACUGUACUUAUCCCAACAGGUUCUAGAGUGCAAGGUGCGAGUUGGUCACAAAUACAGGGGGCUGGAGUCUAUUUCAAUGACCUUCACAAUCCACGCGUGGUUGUACAGGUUGGUGAGAGAGGUGAUGUGGGUUCUAUGGAGAUAGUUGAUAUGAUGUUCACUACUCAAGGAGCUACAGCUGGUGCGAUAGUUCUUGAAUGGAAUGUGCAUCAAGAUCGCCAAGGAUCUGCUGCUAUGUGGGACUCUCAUGUGCGUGUUGGGGGAUCUCUUGGUACAGAUCUGGAUGUCAAAACCUGCCCAAAGUUUGAAUUUAGGGAUGCAUGUAUUUGUGCUUCUCUUCUAUUCCAUGUCACACCACAGGCCUCAGGCUAUUUUGAGAAUGUAUGGAUAUGGUUGGCAGACCAUGACAAUGACAUGAGUGUUUAUGACUCGCCUGACAAGUUGUCAAAUCAAAUUAGCCUAUAUGCUGCCCGUGGAACACUGAUAGAGUCCGAAGGACCCUCUUGGUUCUAUGGCACCGGUUCUGAACACACUGUCAUGUACCAGUAUCAACUCUACGGAGCAAAAAAUAUAUACCUUGGUCAUAUUCAAACAGAGACCCCAUAUUAUCAGCCAGUUCCAAUAGCACCUUUGCCAUUUGUCCCUGGCAAGGAGUUCCCUGGUGAUCCAUCUUUUGAGAAGUGCAAGACUAUUGGCUGUCAAGCAGCUUGGGGCCUGCGCAUUAUCAACUCAAAGAGUAUAACACUGCAUAGUUCAGGAUUAUACAGCUUUUUCCAGGAGUAUUAUCAAGACUGUGUUCCAACACAUAAUUGCCAAGAGCGUUCUCUUGAAGUUAGAGGUAGCAAGGGUGUUGCUCUCUUCAACAUUUUCACAGUUGGCAUGGUGGAAAUUGGAACUGGUAUCAACCAUGGUGCGGUUCUCCAAAAUGACUCAAAUCAAAGUGGAUUUACUACGGAGGUUAGCGUUUGGCUUCCUUUGUCAGGAGACGAUGAAUAUGACAUUGUUUAUGUCGGACCUGAAGUGUAUGAGAAGCCCUCAGUUACAUGUCCUGCUGAUUGCAUUCUGGUGUUUCCAACUAGUUCACUCUCUUCACGAACAACCAUUGAUCCUGGUAACUAUACAACUUCUCUUGAGUAUGGACACCGCGGCACAACAAUUAUAAGUGGGCGAGAAGUACCCACAUUCUACACAACAGUUACAACAAUCACAUUGGCUAUAGACCCAAUCAUCACAGAUGGAAUGCCCUACUCAAACAUCAAUAUUACUAAAGGACAGACAAGUGCUGUUCUCACUGUCCUGCCUAGUGUUGAUAUUCCACCUGUUCCUGUUCCCAUGCCAGAUGGAGAAGGAAAGACAACCACUCGCAAUGUCACAGUUCCACCAUGGCCAGAUAUCACCAGAGGGCCACCUGAGAGCUGGAGUGAUCCUAAUGCCUCCCCUACAGAGGGCACCAGAGAAGGAGUUUAUCACACUCCUUUUGUGACCACUGUUGUAGCCACUCGUCCAACAGUCUCAACCAUUUCAUUUUCAUCAACUGUCAGUCCAAUUGUGGUUGAGUGUCCCCCUAACUCAAAAGUUCCUUUCAAUACUCCAAAGACAACACCUACAAUUAACUGUAGAAAACCCACAACAGUGUCUAUUGGCUUCACUUGUCCAGCAACCAAAGUUGUCACAUUUAUUGGUUCUUCUACUGGAGUUUUUACAGUUGACUGCACUGUCUCAACAACAUUCACCAAGUCAGAAGAAACAAUUACACCAAGCCCCACGAAUAAACCGACAACUACUCAGCCACUACCAGUGUGGUCAACAUGGCCACCUAGAGUAAUCACGCCGAUUGAGGAAGAGGUAAAGAAGCCAGAACCAGGUAAAACACCUUGCAAACUCUGGUUUUUCUCUUUCUGUCUGAACAGAGAAAAAGGUGAAACCAGAGGUUUACGCUGGAUUCUCCCACCUGGCAUAUACCCACCGGGCCCUCCACCUCCACGUGCAAUAAAUCUUCCAUCAUGGACAAUAAAAUCUCCGCUUCCACCUUGGCCCCCAAUCACUGUUGGGCGAGAUAAUAUCAUAACAUACCCCCAGAAGGAGCCCACUAAGUGUGAGAAAAAAUCAGCAUCAAUUUGUGCAACAACUGUUUUCAAGGCAACAACCACUAGAGGGACAAUCACCUCUACAUCCUCAUCCACCAGUUCCACUUGUGAUACAAUUUACGGCUGUUCAGCAUCAGAUUGGGAUACAACAACAACUAGAACAAAACCAGAUAACUGCCCGUCGCCAACAGCCAAACCAGGGCAGGCUGCUGCACGGCCCCCUAUACCACCAUGGGGAUGCCCUGCAAAUGCCCUCGUGUAUCCAUCAGACAUGGAUGACGUGCGACAUAUUCGUGAGCUUCUCGCUAAAUACAAAGACAAAUAUGUGGAGGUCAAGUCAGAGGCGCUUCAUUUCACAGUAUUCUUUUGGGUUCCUUACUUGGACCAAGAGACCAUGAAUACCUUGGUAGAAUCUCCCGAUGUUGCAGAUGCGUUUUAUUACGAACACAGGCCUGAUAAUGAUGGUAUUCUGACUGAUCUGCGCGGCAGAGUCAGAGACAUAAGUUACAAUGUCGAUGCCAUCAAAUCUCACGGUCAGGGAGGUGUCAAUCACUCGAAUGACAGUGUGGUGGCUCAAGGCAAUGGUAAUGUGGAUCAACUCAUGCCAUCAGCUCUGAUAGCACGAGAGAGCAAUUAUAUUUGGGAUCUCUCACAGAUCUCCAUGCCGAGAGGCAUGAUUUGGAAGGACCCUUACAGUGCUACAUUAAGUGCCAAUGGUCAGUUUAUGUUCCAUUAUGAUAGAAUCUCAGGAGACGAUCAGUAUAUAUAUAUAAUGGACGAAGACGAAAUCUCGGAAACCCACCCUGAAAUGACACAUCAUAAUGACAUUGAAUAUUUGCGGCCGGAUGAUCGAUACAGUGAUCCAGGGCCAGCUCGACCUGAUGUGGAGCACGGAACUGGGGUAGCUUCCAAAGUUAUAGGGCGGAAUUUGGGUUCAUGCCAGAGGUGUACACUCAUUGUUUCAUCUUUAUUCGAAGGAGUUGAUGAGCAAGAUGAGAGUGUGACUCUGGCACGAUACUUGGACCAAGUGAGAGGUGUCAUUGAUGAUGUUUUACUAAAAAACCGCAUGGGCAAGGCAGUCAUUAACAUAAGCGCAAAUUUCGAUCCAACUGUGGGGGUUGUCUUCAUACGGGAGCUGCAUAAGCUCCUCGUUGAGCUAGACGGUCUGAAUGUUGCUAUAGUUGUCUCAGCUUCCAAUCGUGCUGACGAAUCACCUGAAAUCGAUCGUUAUCCUGCUUUAUUUGCCAAACCUGGAAGUGAUCUUUACAUACCAAAUCUGAUCGUUGUGGGAGCAACAGACGCACAUGGCCACAUCACGGAUUUCAGCCAAUACGCUGACUGGAUGACCACUUUUGCUCCUGGAGAUAACAUUUGGAUUCCUCUAGGUGACAUGGACUACAUGACAUCCAGUGGAACAUCAUAUUCUGCCCCCUUCGUGUCUGGUUUAAUAGGAUACUUUCGGUCACUUCCAUCCCCUUGGGUAAACCAGCUAAAGGACCCUGGCAGUGUCAAAAAGAUGAUCAAGCUUUUUCACCGUCGCAUUGUCGUCAGUAAUGAACCGAUAAAUGUCCAUAAGAUGAAACCCAUCAUCUGGAAUGGUCAGUUUGGAGAGUAUUCCUGUUUAUCUGACUAUCGAACCGUCGAGCAAUGGGAUCCCAGAGGUUAUUGCCCAAGAAUCAAACUGGACCUUCAUGAGGAGACGAAUGAUGGAGAAACGGUGGCGCCUUGCCGUUAUGAUUCCGUAGUACUUGAUAAUUCACUGAAGCGGUUUGAUGGGUCUUAUUGUCCCCGUCUUCCCAAGACUGGCCCAAGUGGUCAUACUGUUAGCUUCACCAGUAAUGGCAGAGUGAAGCCAUCACCCACAUGUGCAUCUGGAACUGGUUGUGGUGGCCGCCUAUGCACAGGCUUCUUCUGUUCUACCAUGCCGACAGGAGUGCCCCCGGACCGCCAUGAUCCAAAAGACCCAAAUGCAAGCAGUCGGGUGCCGACAACCACCAAGCCCAGUGACCCAGAACCGACAUGCGGCGACAAAUGCAAGUUGGACAAGGGAAACCGAUGUUCGUGUGGUGAGAAUGGAUGUGAUGAUCAAUCACCUAGCUGCUGUGCCAAUGCCAGCUGCCCCUAUUGUGAGUGUGGUGAGAAUGGUUGUACCCCCAGCUCACCUUGGUGCUGUGGAAAUGAUUCGUGUGAGUGGUCAAGGACAGGUGGUGGUGGAGGGAACAAUCCUCGCCCAAAACCAAGGACUGGUUUUGUCUUGAUUUCUGUGUCUAAUGUCGAGAAUCCCGCUCCACCACAUAUUCAUCAUUAUUGGGAACUCUGGUCAGCCACACCGUCAAAAAAUGUUGACAUGUGUAAAGAUGACCCUCUUGUGAAAGAAAAAACGGACGACAUAGCAGGGGCGUUCCCGCCCUCACUUGGACCAUUUACUGCAAAUGGGGUUACAUGCAAAUAUAUUGGCAACAAGAAGAAUGCUGGUAAGCUGGAAUGUGAUACUAAUGUGUCCAAAACUUCAUGCAAGGCUGUGGAUCCAAUUAAGAAAUACGAAUGUACCCUAGAAAACCCGAUAAAAUAUCUCACUGUCAGCUGUGAGUGGGAGGCACAAGAAUUGCCCUAA